AUGAAGAAUUACCAAAAUUACCCUAAGAAUAUGGCCUAAGCGGAUGGUUCAGAUGGACAAAUACCUAAUAAUAAGUUUGGCAUAACAUUUUCAGAUGACAGAUUUUUGGGAGAUAGAACACUCUCUCUAUGGUUAGGUAAUCAAUAAGGUGGUAUCUUGCAUUUCCCUACUUAUACUUACGUCAAUAUGAAUGGUGCAGGAAACCCUAAUGUUGUUUAAAAUAUUCAACAUAAAAACAGACACAAUAAUUGGUUCUUUGUUUACUAUGGCUAUUCAAAGGUUAAUAGACAAGCCUAUGCUUAUGUUAAAUGGACAGAUAGUGAAGAUUCAUUGAACUAUGACAACAUUAACCAUUACUUUGCACCAAAAUUCUUUAUCUCAGUUGGAAAAGAUAAGUUCUUCCCAGGAUUCAAUGGAUUUGUUGCAUUUGUUAAUUUCAAUCUUGGAAAAGGAAGCUACAGAAAAGGUAAUGAUUUCACUCAUGAUAAUGAUUUCUUCGGAUUUUCAACUGGUAAAGAUAAAUUGUUCCAACCACCUAAAUAAGAUGCUCUCCCAGAGGUUGAAAAAACAGUUCUUGCAAGUAAGACAUCAGAAGAUGCUCCAAAAGUCGAUAGAGUUAGUCCUUAAGGCACAGAUAAUUUAUUAGAAUAUGGUUAUGGAUUUUGGUUAAGAUAUUUAACAACUUAUCCAGAAAGAUAAGUCAAUGGUAAGAAUCAACCAUGGUACUUCGUAUCAAGAUUGACUUGGAACAAGGAAUAUGAUAAUAUCAGAAUGGGAGACAGAACCUUAGCUGUCUGGUAAGGAUAAGGAUUCUAUCACUUCACAACCUGCAAUAUCUAGAACAACAAUGUCAAUGUGAUCAAGAAUGUAGAUUAUCCAGAUGACAUUGAAGGUCUUUGGACUUUUAUUUACUAUUCCUACAGCAAGAAUGAAAACAGAGCCAAAGCCUUUAUUAAGUAUGGGGAUGGCAAUUUCUAAGAAGUUGAUCACUAAGUCACUCAUUAACCAACUUAAAUUGUUAGAUUCAUUUUGGGAGGUACAGAUGAAAAGAGAUACCCAGCUUUCAAUGGUUUAUUCACUUAAGUCUAUUUCAACGCCAAAGUUGGUGCUUACAUUGGCAGUGCAGAUGCAGCUAAGAAGUUUGUUAAUGAAUUGUCACCUAUUCCAAGAAUCAGAGUCACUAAUUUGAUUAGUAAACCUAUUGUGUCAGAUGAAAUUGAAAGAUAAGUUACAGACAAACCAACUGAUGCUAUUGUUGAAGAAUAAAAUCUACCAGAUGAAUACGGAAUAUCAGGUUGGUUCAAAUGGAACGAAGUAGCCUAAUAACCAUGGCAUAACAUUUUCAGAGUUCAAAUCAAGACUCCAUCAACCGAUGCAUUCCUUGGAGAUAGAACUCUUUCUUUAUGGUUAGGAACUCCUGAAGGUGGUAUCUUACACAUGCCAACCUACUCAUACACAAAUAUGAAUGGAGCUGGUAAUACCAAUUAUUGGAAGAACAUUUAACAUAAAGAAAGACACACUAAAUGGUUCUUCGUUUACUUUGGAUAUUCAAAACCCAAGGCUUAAGCUUAUGCCUAUGUUAAAUGGACUGAUUCUGAAGAUUCUAACACCUAUGAUAAAGCUAAUCACUAUUACUCAGCAGUUUAUUACAUCUUUGUUGGUAAAGAUCCACAUUUCCCAGGAUUCAAUGGUAAAUUAAAUUAAGUCACCUUUAAUAUUGGUGAUGGAUCAUUCAGAACUGGAAAUGAUUUCACCCAUCAUAAGGAUGUCUUUGGUUUCACUACUGGUUUAGAUAAAUACACAAAGAAAGCAGAUGCUCCUUCAGUCAGACCAGGUGAAAAGGUAUUAGAAAGUGCUGAAAAUUCCAAGCCCCCUGUUUUAGAUAAAGAUGCUAAUUCUGAUAAGAAUUUAGAAACUUAUGGUUACGGGUAUUGGUUAAGAUAUUUGACUGCUCAUCCAUUUAGACAACUAAGUGGCAAGAAUCAACCAUGGUACUUUGUAUCUAGAUUGACAUGGAAUAAGGAAUAUGAUAAUAUCAGAAUGGGAGACAGAGCUUUGGCUAUCUGGUAAGGUUAAGGAUACUAUCAUUUCACUGCAUGCAAUUCAAAGACUGGUAAUGUGAACUAAAUUCUCAACAUUGAUUAUCCAGCUGACAUCGAAGGAUUAUGGACAUAUGUCUAUUAUUCAUUCAGCGUUGAGGAAAACUAAGCUGUUGGUUUUAUCUAAUUUGGUGAAUCUGAACCUAAGCAAAUUGUUCACAAAACAUCACAUGCUGCCACAAAAUACGUCAGAUUUUUAUUGGGUGGUACUGAUGAAAAUAGAUACCCUGCUUUCAAUGGUCUAUUCGCUGCAGUUUCAUUCUAAACCCAAAAUGCCUAUAUUGGAACAGUAGAUGGAUUCAAGAAAUUAAUUGCUUCAAUCCCUAUGCCUUCUCAAGGACUUAGAGAUUUAACAACUUACAAAUUAAGCGAAGUCAUCACAAGAACACCAACUGACGAAAUCUCUAAAGAAGCCACUGUUGGAGGCGGCAAGGAACAAUUCCCAUCUGAAUAUGCUAUUAGUGGAUGGUUCUAAUGGAAACCAAUUGCCCAACAACCAUGGCAUAACCUCUUCAGAGUUACUCUUAAAUAACCAUCAACUGAUAAUUUCUUGGGUGACAGAACAUUGACACUAUGGGUUGGUACUCCAGAAGGAGGUAUCUUACAUUUCCCAACAUAUACAUAUGCAAAUAUGGUUGGAGGAGGAAAUAACAAUUACUGGAAGAAUAUUGUUCACAAGAAUAGAAUCAGAGAGUGGUUCUUUGUUUACUUCGGAUACUCAAAGUCUAAAGCUCAAGCUAACGUUUAUGUCAAAUGGACUGAUUCUGAAGAUUCCUUAUCAUACGAUAAAGCCAAUCAUUACUAUGCACCAUAAUUAUACGUAUUUUUGGGAAGAGACAAGCAUUUCCCAGGACACAGUGGUAAAAUUGCUUACAUGAGAUUUAAUUUGGGUAAUGGAGCUCAUAUUGAUAAUAACAAGAUGUAAUUUGCAUUUAAAGAAGGAACAGAUAGAUUAUUCAAAAAAGAUGAGUAACUCCUACCAGAUGAACCAACCAAGGAUGUGUUUGAAAAUGGAUUUGAAUAGAAAAAACCAGUUAUUAAUAAGGAAAGCCCAUCUGAAAAUGCCCUUGAAGAAUAUGGUUAUGGUUUCUGGAUGAGAUUCUUGACUUCAUAUCCUUAAAGAUUACCAAGUGGUAAGAAUCAACCAUGGUACUUCGUAUCUAGAUUGACAUGGAAUAAGGAAUACGAUAAUAUUAGAAUGGGAGACAGAACCCUCGCUAUUUGGUAAGGAUAAGGGUACUAUCACUUCACAACUUGCAACUCAGUAGACAAUAAUCCAAACUACAUUUAAAACAAUAACUACCCAGAAGAUAUUGAAGGACUUUGGACCUAUGUCUAUUAUUCAUACAGUGAUAACAAGAAUAGAGCAGUUGGUUUUAUUAAAUAUGGAAAUCAAGACUUCCAAUCAAUCAAACAUGAUACAACUCAUGCAACUACAAAAUAUGUUAGAUUCAUAUUAGGAGGUAAUGACGAGGGUAGAUAUCCUGGAUUCAAUGGUUUAUUCGCAUCUGUUACCUUUGGCACAACAAGAGGAACUUUCAUUGAUAGCGUUGAUUAAGUGAAGAACUAUUUGGCUAAAGUUGGCACACCUGCUUCUGAAUUACCUGAUUUAUUCAACUACAAGAUUGUCGAUUCCAUUUAGAGCAGAGCAGCUAAUGAUGAACCAGUAUAUAAAGUGGUUGGAAAAGAUAAUGAAAAAUUCCCUCAUGAAUAUGCAAUUAGUGGAUGGUUCAAGUGGUAACCAACAGCCUAAUAACCAUGGCAUAACCUCUUCAGAGUUCAAAUCAAGACCCCAUCAACUGAUGCAUUCCUAGGAGAUAGAACUUUGACAUGUUGGGUUGGUACAGCUGAAGGUGGUAUCUUACACAUGCCAACAUACUCAUACACAAAUAUGAAUGGAGCUGGUAACACCAAUUAUUGGAAGAAUAUUUAACAUAAAGAUAGACACACCAAAUGGUUCUGGGUCUACUUUGGCUAUUCAAAACCCAAGGCUUAAGCUUAUGCCUUUGUUAAAUGGACCGAUUCUGAAGAUUCUAAUACCUAUGAUAAAGCCAAUCAUUACUUUGCACCAGAAUUCCACAUUUAUGCUGGAAGAGAUAAGCAUUAUCCAGGACACAGCGGAGUUCUAGCUCAUGUUUAAUUCAAUCUUGGAAAGGAUGCUUUCAGAACAGGAUCAGAUUUCAAUCACCAAAAUGAUGUCUUUGGAUUUGGAAAAGGAAAGGAGCUUGUUAAAGGACCUGCUGAGUUUAAACCAAAGGAAGCUGAUAACACUAUAUUAACAAAUGCUGCCAGUUAAGCUAAGCCAGUGAUCGACUAAGAAGCCAAAUCAGAUGCUCCAUUUGAACAAUAUGGAUAUGGAUUCUGGUUGAGAUUUUUGACAGCUCACCCUGAAAGAUUAAUAAAUGGCAAGAAUCAACCAUGGUACUUUGUUUCUAGAUUGACAUAAUUUGAGAAAUAUGAUAACAUUAGAUUGGGAGACAGAACUCUUGCUAUUUGGUAAGGAUAAGGAUACUAUCAUUUCACAACAUGCAGCAUUGCACCAUAAAAUCCAAAUUUAAUCUAAAACAUUGAUUACCCUGCUGACAUUGAAGGUUUAUGGACAUAUAUUUACUAUUCAUACAGUGCUGACAGCAAUAAAGCAGUUGCAUUCAUUAAAUAUGGAGAUUAGGAAAUUAAAUCAAUCACUCACAAGACAACUCAUGAAGCAGUUAAAUAUUUGAGAUUCAUUUUGGGAGGUAAUGAUGCUAAUAGAUAUCCUGGAUUCAAUGGACAAUUCACUUAAGUCACUUUCUCAACAGAUGGAGCCUUUGUUGAUGAUUCAGCCAAGAUCAAUGCCUACAUUAAAAACAACAAAGCACCUUCAGUCGUUGUUGCAUUACAAACCUACAAAUUGGUAGAGGAUGCUAUUACCAGAGAUCAAAAUGUAGAACCUCUUGAAAAGACUGUUCAAGUUGGAUUACCAUUAGAAUAUGCAAUCAGUGGUUGGGUGAAAUGGAAACCAACAGCCUAAGCACCUUGGCACAAUCUCUUCAGAGUUAGCUUGAAAACUCCAUCAACUGAUGCAUUCCUAGGAGAUAGAACAUUGACAUGCUGGAUUGGUACUGCAGAAGGUGGUAUCUUACAUAUGCCAACUUACACAUACACCAAUAUGAAUGGAGGAGGUAACAACAACUACUGGAAGAACAUUCAACACAAAGGAAAAAUCAAUGAAUGGUUCUACAUUUACUAUGGAUAUUCCAAGAUUUCAAGAAAGGCAUAUGCCUUUGUUAAAUGGACUGAAGGAGAGGACUCUUUGAACUUCGAUGACGUCAAUCAUUAUCUUGCAUAAACACUAUACUUAUUUGUUGGAAGAGAUAAGCAUUACCCAGGACACAGUGGUAAAAUUGGUUACUUCAACUUCAAUGCAGGUGAAGGAUCAUUUGUAACAGGAAAUAAGUUUGAUCAUCCAAAGGAUAUCUUCGGAUUUUCAAUUGGAUCAGACAAAUUGUUAACUCAAAAAGAUACUGAAUUAAAACCAGGAGUUCCAGUUACUGAACAAUUGCCCAAUGGAUCAGAAGACAAGAAGCCAGUCAUUGAGAAGGACUUGAAUGCAGAUCAAAAUCUAGAAGAAUAUGGUUAUGGAUUCUGGAUGAGGUUCUUAACAGCCUACCCUGCAAGAUUGAUAUCAGGAAAGAAUCAACCAUGGUACUUUGUUUCAAGAUUGACUCAACAUGAUCAAUAUGACAAUAUCAGAAUGGGAGAUAGAACAUUGGCUAUAUGGUAAGGACAAGGAUUCUACCACUUCACAACUUGCAAUUCAGUCAACAACAAUCCAAAUGUCAUCCAAAACGUUGAUUAUCCAGCUGAUAUUGAAGGAUUAUGGACAUAUGUCUAUUACUCAUACAGUGAUGAUAAAGCAAGAGCAGUAGGACUCAUCAAAUAUGGAAAUGAUGAUAUCAAGGCAAUUCGUCAUGAUGUUACUCAUCCUGGAACCAAACAUGUCAAAUUCAUUUUGGGUGGUAACGAUGCAGGUAGAUAUCCAGGAUUCAAUGGUAUUUUCACUUAAGUCACAUUCAGUGCUGCACCUGGAGCUUUCAUUGAUUCUCCUGACAAAUUAAAACCACAUUUGGAUAAGAUUGGAACACCAAAUUCAGUGAUUAGUGAAUUGACUAAUACAGUUCUUGUGGACUCUUAAAUUGCUAGAGACAAAGGAACAGAUCCUAUUGAAAAGACAGUUGGAAGUGAGACCACAAGAUUCCCACAUGAAUAUGCAAUCAGUGGUUGGUUCAAAUGGACACCUACUGCACAAGAAGCUUGGCAUAAUGUUUUCAGAGUCACUCUCAAAACACCUUCAACAGAUGCUUUCUUGGGAGAUAGAACCUUAACCUGUUGGGUUGGUACACCAGAAGGAGGUAUUUUACACUUGCCAACCUAUACUUAUGCAAAUAUGAAUGGAGCUGGAAAUACAAACCUUUGGAAGAACAUCCCACACAAAGAAAGACACACUAAGUGGUUCUUCUUGUAUUUCGGAUACACAAAGUUACAAUAGAAGGCUUACUCCUAUGUUAAGUGGACUGAUGGAGAAGACAGUUUGAAGUAUGACAAUGUUAACCAUUACUUGGCACCUCAAUUCUUUGUAUUUGUUGGUAGAGAUAAGCACUUCCCAGGAUUCAGUGGUAAAUUGGCUUACGUCAACUUUAAUGUUGGAGCAGGAUCAUUCAGAGGAGAGAACGACUUCAAGCAUCCUAAAGAUGUAUUUGGCUUUGAAAUUGGAUAGAGCAAAUUAUUGGACUCAAAGAAAGGGGACUUCAAUCCAAGGGAAUUACAAAAGGGUACAAAUCUAGAGAAUGCCUUUGAAAAUGAUAAGCCAACAAUUGAAAAAGACGAAUAAUCAGGAGAGUUGCCAUUUGAAGAGUAUGGUUAUGGAUUCUGGAUGAGAUUCUUGACUACCUAUCCAAAGAGAUUAAUAAGUGGAAAGAAUGCUCCUUGGUACUUCUUGUCAAGAUUGACAUACAAUGAGAAAUAUUAAGAUAUUGCUAUGGGAGACAGAACAUUAGCCAUUUGGUAAGGAUAAGGAUUCUAUCAUUUCACAACUUGCAGUGUUGCACCUGCUAAUGUCAAUUUGAUUCAGAACGUCAACUUCCCAGAAGACAUUGAAGGAUUGUGGACAUACGUUUAUUACUCAUACAGUGCUGAUGAAAAUAAGGCUGUUGCAUUUAUCAAGUAUGGUGAUGCAGAUGUUCAAUCGAUCACUCACAAGACUACACAUCCAGCUGUGAAAUUCUUGAAAUUCAUCUUAGGAGGAAAUGACAACAAGAGAUAUCCAGGAUUUAAUGGUUAAUUCAGAACAGUGACAUUCUCAACACAAUCUGGUGCCUAUGUUGAUAAGAUGGAUACAAUCAAUGAUUAUGUGAGAACAAAUCCAAGUCCAUCAACAUUAAUUCCAUUAUAAUCAAAUCAAAUCAUCAAGGAUCCAGUCUCAAGAUAAGCUGGAGAUGACUUAGUACAGAAAAGAUUUGGUGGUGACGAUAACAAAUUCCCAUUAGAAUAUUCAUAUAGUGGAUGGUAUAAAUGGAUAGAUGGACCUAAUCUUAAUGCUUGGUAUAACUUGUUCAGAGUAACAAUCAAAGAUCCAUCAACAGAUUAAUUCUUAGGAGACAGAACAUUGUCAGGAUGGAUUGGAUUUGGUAACUUGCAUGUGCCAACCUACACUUAUGCUAACAUGAAUGGUGCUGGUAAUGUUAAUCAUUGGAAGAACAUCGAACACAAGAACAGAAUCUUCAAGUGGUUCUUUGUAUACUUUGGAUAUUCAAAGAAAGACUAAUUGGCAUAUGCAUGGGCUCAAUGGUCGACAGGAGAGAAGGAUUCUUAAUCAUGGGAGAAAUGCAAUCAUUAUUUGACUCCAGAAUUCUUCGUGUAUGUUGGAAGAGAUAAGCAUUUCUAAGGUUUGAAUGGUCAAUUGGGAGCAAUCAAUUUCAAUUUGGGACAAGGAUCAUUCAGAAAGGGAAAUGAUUUCACUCACGAUGAAGAUAUUUUCGGAUACAAUGCAGCAUUCACAAAGAAAUAACAAGCCUAAUUCGAUUUGGAUAGCAGAGUUGCUAAGGUGUUGACAUCUAGUGUUGAUUAGAAGGAUCCAACAUUCACAAAGAAUUUCAAUGGUGAUGAAGUAGACAAUGUUAGUGAAUAUGGUUAUGGAUUUUGGUUGAGACACUUGAACAUGUACCCAAUUCCAACGAAUAGAGGUGUUUAAGUUGAUUGGACAUUUGUGGCUAGAUUGAGUAAGAAUGAGAAAUUGGCAGAUAUUGGUUUGGGUGAUAGAGUGUUGGCAAUUUGGUAAGGAAGAGGAUACUAUCACUUCACUACAUACAAUGGUGGAAAUCCAAAUAACAUUAACAAUGUCAAUUUCCCAUAAUUAUUGGAUGGUCUGUGGACAUUCAUCUACUAUUCUCACAAUUUGGAUAAGAAACAAUCAAUUUCAUUUGUCAAAUUUGGAGAUGCUGACAUUAUCAAGAAUGUUAUUGCAGCUGAACACUUACCACCCUUGUUAUUGAAAUUCUAUUUAGGAGGACAAAACUUGGUUUACAAAGGAUUUAAUGGUCAAUUCUCAGAUGUGAUUGUGUCAGCUAACAAAGGUGUUUUCGUUGAGAAUAUCGAUGAUAUUAAGGCAUUAUUAGAGAAAGUAAAAUAACCAGCUACCUAUGUUCUUGAUGUCAAGACUAAAAAGGUCAUUGAAAAGGAAGCCAUAUUUAAUGACAAGACAGAAUAGAAGGAAAUUGUUUAUGAUGAUUUGGCUUUGGCUCCAGAAUACUCUUGGAGUGGUUGGUUCAAAUGGACAUUCAUUCCAAAUCAAUAAGCAUGGCAUCUAGGUGUUCGUUUGAGUAUUUUGUAAGCAAGUGAAAAUCUGUCAUUCUUGGGUGAUAGAUCAUUGUGUAUGUGGGUUGGAUAACCAGAAGGAGGUAUCUUACACUUUGCUACUUACAACUACUAGAACAUUUAUGGAGGUGGUAAUGUUAAUUCAUGGUAGAAUGUCAAACAUAACGAUGAUCAUGCAAGAUGGCAUUUUGUUUAUUUCGGAUACUCCAGAAAUUCAAGAUAGGCUUAUGCAAGAGUUGAAUUUAGAGGAAGAGUAGAAGAAAGACCAUACAAAGAUCACAAUCAUUUCAUUGCUAAUGCCUAUUCAUUCUAUGUUGCUAAAGAUAAAUGGCAUGCUGCAUAUAGUGGUGUCAUUUCAACUUUGAGAUUCAAUGUUGGUGAUGGUGUAUUCAGAACUGCUGAAUAUGAGAAGGCUACAGAUGACAUUCAUGGAUAUGAUUCAGGAAGAGCAUUGUACUUCAAGGCACUACCAAAAGUAGAUUUAGAGAAAGAUUUGAGAAAGGGUGGUUUGGAUUCACCACAAAAUGGCAAGGAACCAUUGAUCACAAGAAAAUUGUCAGGAGCAGAACUUGAAGACAAUGUUGAAUUUGGUUAUGGUUUCUGGUUGAGAUUCCUUACUCAAUAUCCAAUUGCUUUGAAACAAGGAUUGUAACCACCCUGGUCAUUUAUUGCCAGAGUCACUAGAAAUCAAGAUUUGGGAGAUGCCAGAUUGGGAGAUAGAUUAUUGGCUAAUUGGUUCAAUAGUGCCAACUAUUAUCACUAUUGCACUAAUGAUGGAGGAAAUGUUAAUUCAGUUCAAAAUAUCCAAACUGGUUAAGAUAUAGAAGGUGUCUGGACAUACUUGUUCUUUGCACAUAGUGAUAAUGUCGAUUAAUCAGUUGGUUUCUUGAAGAUUGGAGAUAAAUUGUAGAAGAUUGUAACCUAAUCCGUGAUUCCAGUUCCACAAUUCUUACAAUUCUACUUAGCAGGAUCAUAACUCAAUUAUCCAGCAUUUAAUGGUCAAUUUGCUCAUGUAGUAUUCUCUGCUGGAGAAGGAAUUUUCAAGAAGGAUGAGGCCCAAUUCAAUGCAUGGUUAGAGUAGUUUGAAAAACCUGCAUAAUUCAAUACCAAUUUGGUUACUAAGCAUGUAAUUGAUGAUCCAAAGGAAUUCAAAUAAGAUACCCCAUCAGAUGAGAUUGUAUAUGAAGACUUAGCUCUUGUUGGAGAGUAUUCUUGGUCAGGAUGGUUCAAAUGGACUCCAACAGUGUAAUAACCAUGGCAUUUGAUGGUCAGAUUCUCAAUCCACUAGGCUUCAGAAAACAUAUAAUUCUUGGGAGAUAGAACACUCAAUGCUUGGGUCGGAUAAGGAUAUUUCCAUUUCACAGCAUACACUUAUGUUAAUCUUAAUGGAGGUGGAAAUGUAAAUCAGUGGUAGAAUAUCAAUUAUGAGACAGAUCAUACAAAAUGGCAUUUCAUCUACUUUGGAUAUUCAAAGGUUCAAUAAUUGGCCUAAGCUAAAGUUGAAUUCAAGAAUAGAGUUGCAGAAUUAACCUACAAAAAUACAAAUCAUUAUUUACCAAAUAAGAUUUCAGUUUAUGUUGCAAGAGACAAGUGGCAUGCAGUCUACAGUGGUAAUAUCGGUCAUUUAAGAGUCAAUGGAGGAAAUGGUGCAUUCAAUCCAACAGGUUAUGGUGAGGCUAAAGAUGAUGUCUUCGGAUAUUAGAUUGGAAAGGAUGCAUUUACAGAGAAAGAAGCACCAGUAGAUGCAUUGAGAGAGUAAGAAAUAUUAGAUUCUGCAUUUAAUCAAGAGAAGCCAGUCCUUUAAAAAGAAUUCAAGGGUGACGACUUAGCAGGAGUAUCAGAAUAUGGUUAUGGAUUCUAUUUCAGACAUUUGGAAUAAUAUCCAGUUUAAAUGAGAGAUGGUAGAUUGGCACCAUAUUACAUCAUGUCAAGAUUAUCUUGGAAUAAGGACGAAGGAGAUAUCAGAAUGGGAGAUAGAUUAUUGGCAGUCUGGUAGGAAUAAGCAGCAAUAUUGUUCAUUACCAAUGAUUUACCAGGAAAUCCAAAUCUAUUGUCUAGAAUACCAGUACCAGAAAGAGAAGGAGUUUGGACAUUCUUAUACUUCAGUUAUUCAUUGGAAGAUUAAUUGGCUGUUGGUAUAUUGAAGUUUGAUGGUAUUGAUGAAGUAUUCCACACUUCAAUGAAAUGUAACCAUGGUAAAAGAAGUUAUUUGAGAUUCACUUUGGGAUCUGCACCUCCUCAUUUCUAUCCAAGAUUUAAUGGUCAAAUUGCCAACUAUGCUAUCAAAUUCGGCAAAACUGGAUUUGUUAGAAAUUAUGAUGCCUUAAAGAAAUAUUUGGAUAACAGAAUACCACACCCAGGAUAGGAAGAUAAAGCAUUGAAGACAUUGAAACAUUUAGAAGAAGAGAAGAACUAUAAGGGAGAUAGUCAAGAAGAGCUUGUAGUUGAAGUUCCCAAUGAUUUGACUAAGUUUGCAACUGAAUAUUCAGUGUCAGGAUGGUUGAGAUGGGAUCAACCACCUAUUGGAGCACCUUGGUUCAAUGUAUUCAGAUUGAGUUUAUACUCUACAGAAACAAAUGCUGAAGGAAGAUUUGGUGACAGAGACUUAUCCUUGUUCAAACAUGCUACUUACUAUCAUUUCUAAACCUAUAAUUAUCAACCAGGAUUGCCAUGGAUUUAUGGAUUCGAUAUCCCACAUGAAGACUAACAUACUCAAUGGCAUUUCUUCUAUACUGGUUACUCAAGAGAAAAGAGACAAAUCUAUUAUUUUAUUUCAUUCUUAGAAGCAGAGGCUGACAAAUUAUUUGAAAAGCAAACACAUCUUGUUGUCAACAAACACUACUUCUCAUAUGGUAAAGACUUCAAGAAGUUCUAUGCAAGUCACAGAGGAGUUACUGGUAUUAGUAAUCUUGUCAACAUCAAUUAUGGUAAUGGAGCAUAUACAACUAAGCCAUUCUUAAUCAAAGAUGGAGAGGACAAACCUGAUGCAUUUAAUUUCAACAAAGGAAGAGACCUCUAUACUCCUAAAUUCCCAAUGAAAGAAUUCACUUCUGACAAGACUAAACUAUUGGAAUGCAUCUUUGAUAAGGCUGAACCAAAUGUUCUCUUGAAGAUCGAAGAUUCCAAAGAUGUGCCCACUAGAGGAUUAUAAGAAUAUGGAUGGUCCACUUGGUUAAGAUGGUCUAGAACUGGACCUAAAUCUAUGCCUUGGAGAAUCGUUUGGCAUAACAUUGCUAGAUUGACAAGUAAAAGAAACCAUGGAGAUUUAACACAACAAGGAGAUAGAUUAUUGGCUGCAUGGUUGUUCACCAACUCAUAUUACUUCUCUCAUUCACCAAAAGGAGUUGGAGAAUAAGUUCAACAUAUCCCAUGGAAGAUCAUUGAUGGAGAAUGGAACUUCAUUUCCAUCUCAUAUAAGAAAGGGGAAGUUAAGGCUUAUGUCUUCUAGAAGGGAGAAAUCUCAGAUUUCACAUGGAAAGCUAAACAUGACUUAGUUGGAGACUAUUUAGAAUUCAUCUCAGGAAAAGAAUUUGGAUACAACUUCUUCAAUGGAUAUAUGUGGGGAUUGUCAUUGAAAUUAGGUGAUGGAGCUCACUUCGCUGAUUAAGAUGCUGUCAAGGCUUAUGUCACUGGAGCAAUGAAAUUACCAGACGAAUUCAAAUUUGAUUAGACGAGAAAGACUCUUCCAAUCAAGAAGGAGAAGGCUAAGAUUGAGGCCACAGCUGAACCAGAAAUUAUCAAAAUCGAACCAAAGGAUGCUAAUGGAAAAGUUGAGUAUGCAAUCUCAGGAUGGGCUAAAUGGACUGAUAUUCCAAAUAUUGGACCAUGGCAUCUUGUCUACAGAGUCACUUGUUGGGAUAAAGAUCUUGUCGGCAACAUGGAUAAGCCAGGAGAUAGAACUAUGUCUAUGUGGAAGGGAUUAGGAUUCUACCAUCAGACUGUAUACACUGUUGAUUAAGUCAAUGGUGGUGCUUGGUCUAUCCCUCAAAACAUCGAUUACAAGGGUACCUUACAUAAGACUUGGGUGUUUAUCUAUUAAGGUUAUUCAAGAGAAAAGUAAAAGGCUCACGGAUUCAUCAAGUUCCCAGAUUCAGAAGAACACAGAGAUUUCCCUAACAUUAAUUAAUUCGUGCCCACUUACUUCACUGUCUUAUGGCAUAAGGAUUAAUGGCAUCCAGGAUUCAGUGGAUAAAUGGAAAAUUGGUACUUCAAUGUAGGAACAGGAUCUUACAGAGAGACAGGUUAUGAUGAUGGCGAAACUGAACUAUUGACAUUCGGAUUCGGAGGAAGAACUGUUGCUGAAUUGAAACCAUGGAAGGCUGAUGAUAUCUUUGAUUAAGCUUGGGGACCAGAUUAGAAGGUUGGAAAGGAAGUCGAAAUGACUGAUGACUCUAUCAAUGGAGUUACUGAAUAUGGUUAUGGAUUCUGGUCAAGAUUCCUAUGGAAUGGACCAAGUAAAUUAGUUGAUAAACCUGCUUGGAUGGCGUUGUCUAGAUUCACAAUCAACCAAAACUACUAAGGAGAUGCUGCAUAAUAAGGAGAUAGAACUCUUGCCAUUUGGGUUGGUCAACCAUUCUAUCAUUUCACUACCUACACUCCAGGAAACAAUAAUGUUGUUUAGAAUAUUCAAUAUGGAUAAAUGUUGGAUGGAUAAUGGAAUUAUAUUUGGUAUGGAUACAAGAGAUUUGAUAAGACUGGUAAGGUGUAAGGACACAUAGUGUUUAAUGGUGACUAAGUCAGAUCAACUCAAUUCCCAGUUGUUACUCACUAGAUCCAAUUACUGAUUAUGCUUACUUUGCAGUUGGAUCAUCAGGUACCAAAUUGCUUAAGAAUUAUCAUGCUUUCAAUGGACAAUUAGGAGCAGUCAGUUUGA